AUGUCUAUUCUCGGGGAUUUUGUCGAGCCACCUGAGGUCGAGAGCCGUCUCGUAUCCUUCUAUCGAAACAAGACACCGGACAAUGCAGGACGAUUACUUUCGCACAUUAUGUCUUGGGAUUAUGAGAAGUUGGAGGAUAUACACGACUACAUUCAAUGGCUGUUCCCUCUUCCAGAGGAGUCCAUGUUUUCAGGCGCACCUUUAGUUGAUGAGAAUGUCUUCAAUGCGUUCCAUGCAUUCAAUUCUUCCACCGAAUUACAAUGCCAUCUCAAGCACUCUUUGGUUAAAAUGUUGGACUUCUAUGGGUUCAAGUUCGCUGAUGCUUUGGAUGGAAAUGAUUUGCCUGUUAUAAUCAGAUCCUCCAAUUUCUAUGAAAGAUGCUCCAAUUGGCUUAUCAGGAGAGAUCACAACCAUUUGAGAAUCAGCAGAAUCCUUCGCUCUCUUCGCGUUCUGGGCUUAGAAGCAGAAGCUGCCGCAUUUUAUAAGGCACUUUCAGACAUUGUUUACAAUGGACAUUCUCAAGUUGUUAGCUCUCAAUCUGCGGAAUUCUGGCGACGCGCUGCUGAGAGACCUUUACAUUGGGCGCCACAUCUAACCGAGAGUGAAUGUGCCAAUGAUAAACAAUGGAAAAUAGGCCUAGAUUUCUUAAAAGAAUACGAAAGAUUCAACAUGGCUAGAGAUUUGCAAAAACAGCACGACGCAAAGAAGGCCCUUGAGGAAAAGAAAGAAGUAGAAUUUCAAGCCACGAAAGCACAUAUUGCUGCAGUCACCGCCGAGCGGAAGAGAAAAGUUAGUGGAGAGGUCAAGACUGUCCCGAAAAAGCGAGCUAGUAUUUCUCAGGAAAGCAAAGGUCAAAAUUCCGAACCUCAACGUUCUGAAAAAGAAGCUGUGGUUGCUGAUGCACGUGAACCUAUACGAGGACCGCAGGAAGUCGUACAAGAGGAAGCACCACCAAAUGAACCUAAGCCUUUCCAAUCCCAGUUCAUUAGGCCUGAGCUUUUUGAACUCGCACUUUCUGGGGCUGGACUUGCUGAGCCUAAGGUUGACCAACCCGAGCUUGAAGAUCCCAGACCUACGCUUGUUGAAUCUGAGUUUGUUAAACCUGAGCUUUCUGAACUCGCGCCUGCUAAACCCAAGCUUGAAGAUUCCAGACCUAAGCUUGACAAACCUGCCGGUGGACGUAUGGAACGAAAGUCCUCGGAACGCGGUGAACAAUCUGCGAUUCACCAAAUUCAACAAUACCAGCUCAUGUCUCCUCGUCAACCUUGA